AUGUUCAAAAAUCUCUUAACAAUUAAACAAUUUUACGCAUCUGAAUUUUAUCAGAUUUACAAUAAAAUUAGUAGGAAUAAAUCUUUAAGCUUGUUCUUGAUACUGAUUUCUUAAUCAUAGAUAUACUAUAUAAUUUGCCAUCCAUUUUCUAAGCUUUUUAAAUUAUAUGCAAGACCACUUUUUUUGUUUAACAAAUUCUUUUAGAAUAUCAAGUAUUAAAUUUACUUAUUAAUAGCCUUGACUUUAAUUACAAUAACACUGUUAUAUGGUCUGAAAUAUUUUUAUUAAUAAUGUUAGCCAUGUAGUUAUUAUAUUUUUUUUGUUUUAUCUAUCUCUUUUAUAAUUAAAGAGUCAAAGUUAAGAAUAACUCAUUAAAGAAAUAUUUUUAAACAUUUAAAUAAAAAGAGUAACAAGUAAUAAUCUUUUUAUUUUAGAACGAAUUAAAUAGUAUAAUUAACUUGAUAACAGUCUCUGAAAUUUAUAUAUCAUUUGGAGCAAAAAUUUAUAAAUAUUUAUUUUAUUAUCCUAUUAUUCAACUUGCUUUUAGGAAGAUAUCAACCCAAGCAAACUAAUGUAAAAUAUUAGAAUUCAUAUUAGAUUCUAACUUAAAGACCUAUUAAUUUUUAAUUUUAAUCAUCGCUUUCCUUGUCUUCAUACUUAAUAUCUUAUUCUAUAUUUUGAACGAAACUCAUGAUGUUUAAUUUUCUUUUAAAAAGAUCGAUUAUCUAUCUCGUUUUUACUCUAAUAUCACAAAAAUAUAAUCUUUAUUGAUAGAAACUAUGAUAAUUGUAGUUACAAUUUUAGAUAAUAUAGAAAUUGACGAGAUAGUUAUUACAAUGGUUGAAAUAUUUCUACUUAUUGUAAUUUUAAUAUUAGGUUAUAGCUAUCCAUAAUAUUAAGAAGAAUUAAUUAAUAAAAUAUAAAUCUAAUCUUAUUCACUCUACUUGUCUAUUACUUUUUGUAUAUUAAUUUUUGCUGAAGGAUUUCAUAAAGAAUUUUCAGAAUUGAUUCUUAUAAUGCUUCCAUUACUAUUUUAGAUUACUAAUUUAAUGAUUAAAUAAUAAGGAAAUAAAACUUAAAUUCUAAGUUAUGAAAAUAAAAAUUUUGAUUGUUUGAUGAUGAAUAUUUAUAAUUAAGGUAAAGAAGCUUUAGGUAGAAACGGUAUAUUAUUAAAUGAAAUUAAAUACUAAUUGCCUAAAAAUCUAAAUCUUUAUGCAUUUUGUACUAAUCAUUUAAUUUUUUGUGAAAAUUAAAAUAGUUGUUUUUGUAGCUGUUACAAAAAAUAAGAUGAUCGUUUUAUCUCUCGAUAACAAUUUAAAUAUUAUCUUAAAGAGUUGAUAAGAUUUCAUUAUGAAUUAAAAUUAUUGAGCUUAAAUAGAAAAACUACUCAUAAAUAAAUAAAAAGCUAUUUUUAUUAUAUCCUAUAUAUAUCAAAAGUUAUAAAGUAACCUACUAAAGCGUUUCAUGAAAUUAUUAAAUUAAAAAAUAAUAUGUAUUCUGAUAUGAAUCUUUUAGAUAAAAUGUUCAUGAAUUCAAUUGAAAGUCUUGUAAAAGAUGAUUUUUUAAGAAUGAUAGAGAACAAAAAUAUAACUAAUCAAAAAUAUGAUUGCUUUAAAGUGUUUAAUUAUAAUAAAUCAGUUAAUUUAUGGAAAGAAAAAUUUAGACAAAUUUUAUUAAAAUAAAAGUAGUGGUAUACUACUUUAUUAAAUAAGGAUUUUAUAAAACUUUUAAGUGAUGGAUUAAGUUUACAAAAUUUAAUUACAGAUUAAGAAAACAAACUAAAAUUAAUAUUUAAUUUAAAUCCUUUAUCUUAGCAAUGCCACAUUUUAAUUCAUUUAUUUUACAAGUAUAUUAAUUUCAAUAAAAGAAAAAUUGAAAUUCCUUCAAUAGACUCUUCAUUAGCUUAUAAAUUUUAAAAUUCUAUAAAUGGGAUCUUAUUUCAUAAAGAGGCUUCUCUUGUCUAUUUAACAUUGUUGGAUACAAAAGGAAUAAUAAAGAACUAUACAAAAACAUUUAGAGAUGCUCUUUGUACAUUAGAUUGUGAAAUAAUGAAUAAUUCUAUAAAUAAUUUUAUACCUGAUAUUAUUGCAAAAGUACAUGACUAAUAUUUAGAUAAUUUUGUUGAAAGAGGGAGAAUAAAUAUUAUGAAAUCAGAUAGAAGAUUUUUAUUGGUAAAAAAUAAAUUAGGAUUUAUUUUUCCAAUAAUAGCUAAAGUAAGAUUAGAAACAGAUUUAGGUGCUGAUUUUGGUUCAUCUGCACUUAUACUUCCUACUUAUUAAAACUAUCAUUACAUUAUGUUAAAUAAAUAUGGUUUAGUAGAAGAAAUUAGUGAUAAAUUAUAUAAUGAAUUUAUUUUACCUAUUUUAUGUAUUGACCUUAAAAAUAUCAAACUUUUAGAUUGUUUAAAAUUAAUACCUAGAUUAAUAAAAAGUUGGAAAACUCUUAAUCUUACUGAUAUUUUAGAUUCAGAUCUUAAAGAUCCAAGUCAAUCUUAUAUUGUGAUUCCAAAAAAAAGUAAGAAGCAAAAAGUUCUUUUGUCAUCUAAAAUAUAAGAGAAAUCAACAAUUUAAGAUUAUUUGAAAUCUUAAGAUAUAAUAAAUGAAAAAUAUUUUGACAACUUUAAAUAGAUGUAUAUGUUUCGAAUUACCUUUAAAAUUGUUGAAUUUUAUACAUUUUAGGGAACGUACGUAUCUAAAAUAUUUUAUUUAGGAUGUAUUGUAUUGAAAUUUAAACUAUUAAAACUGUUCGUGAAUCAUUAAGAACUGAAAUAUUUGAAAAGUUGAUUGAAAAAUCAGAUUAUGUAAAUUUGAGUAGAAAAAUAAUAAAAUUAAGUUAAGAAAAAUUAGAAAUCAAGAAGAGAAAAACUAUAAAGUUUGAAAUAACUAAUUAAAAGGAAUCAUUAGGCUUUAUUUCUUAUCAACCUGAAUAAUAGACAAUUUAUAAUUUGGAUACAUAAAAAUUAAUUGAAGAUGAUUAUAUGAUUAGAUAGAAAGAAAUGCAGAUUCAUUUAACUAAUCCUCUUUAUAUUUUAGAAGUAUAUUUUUUAAUUAAUAUAAGAUUGAAGAAUGUUAAAAUUUAAUUAGUUAACCUAAUAGUUAAGAUAAGAAAAUAUAAGAUUAAUAAACAUUUAGAAUGAAAUCUUCAAAUGCACCUAGUUUUUGUGGAUUAAAUCAUUUUGGUAGCAAUAAUUCAAAUGGGAUAAGUUAAGUUUUUGGAUCUGAACAAAAUAAAUUAAUAGUGCAUUCUAGUGCAAUAUUAGAAGCAUUAAAUGAAAAUAAAGAAUCAGCUAAAUCUAAGAAUUCAGAUGAAGUGAUUGGAUCUAUCGAAAAUUUUCUAUUUGAUGCAGAUUAAAUGUAAUCUAUUUCUUCAUCAUAAAUAACUGAUAUUAAAGUCAAAAAAACUCAAUUAAAACAUAAUCUUUUUGAUGAAUAAACUAAAGAGCAUUGGACUAUACGUAUAAUAAAUUUGAUCAUAUUUGCAUUACUUAUAGUUUUUAAUAUUUUUUACUAUUAUGUUUUGAAAUAAGAAAAUUAGGUAAAUCAUAAUUAUACUAUUUCAAGAUUAUUGGAUCCGCAAUAGAAACAUAUAGAUUAUCAAAUAACUUUUAAAUUUAGAUUAAUAAUUUCAUUUUAAGUUACAAUUAUUCAAAUACUGUUAAAUUCAAUUAUACUCAAUAUAUGAAAUUUUGUGCUAGUCAUUUUUAAAAUGAUAUAUCUAAACUUUAAUUUUAUUCACCAAAUAUUGAACAGAAUACUAGUAAUUAUAUUUUUUAAUCUAAGUUCCAUAUCUCUAAAUAAGUGAAUUUGAAAAUAUAACUAAUCUAAGUUUAUUUUAUUCUUUAGGAUAUUUUUCAUAAUAUCUUCUUGCUUAAUCAAAGAGUUUAAAUCAAGAAUAUUUUUUAGAGCUUAUAGCCAGAAACUUUAUAACAAUAAUUUCCUCUAAUUCUGCAUUAAAUUCGACAGUCAUUAAAGAUGGAGUUGAAUAAUUUUUGGAAGCUUAAUAAUCAACAAAAUUAUCCUUUUAUUUUGCAUUAAUAUUCCUAUUUUUUGCAUUUAUAUUUUACUUAAUACUUUUAAUUAUUAUCAAUAAAGCUAAAUUGUAAAUAGUUAAAUUAUUUAAUACAAUUUCCAAAGCCUAAAUAAGUUGUUUAAUAGAAUAAAUUUCGAUAAUUGGAAGUUUUUUAGAAAAGAUUGACUUUAUAAAUGAAGAAACUACUGAACAUUAAUUUGAGUAGAUAAAAUCUAAAAUUGCUUCUACUCCAGGAAUUAGAAUUAAGACUCCUUAAAAAAAAUAGAAUGUAAAAAUAUAAUAAAAUAAAUCUCGAGAAAACAGUAAAAGUAUUUGUUUAUUUUAGAUUCUAGCUGCUUUAAUUUAUUUUCUUUAUUCUCUACUUUUAUUGUUCAUUUACUUUAUUAUUUCUUCUUAAUAUAUUGGCUCUCUAAUUUACUAAAAUUCAUUUGAAGAUAAGACAAUAUAUUCGUUCAAAUAAUUACUUCUAUAUAAAUCUUGUCAAUCAUAUUUAUUAUAAUAAAAGAGUUUUUAAAAGCUUGUAAUUAAAUACUUACAAAUUAAUAAAGAAGAUAUGCUUUUUCUAAACAAAUGUAAGAUAAAUAUAUUAUCUUAUUAGGGGAAGAUGCAUUAUAGUAUAUGGAAGAAUAAUUAGAUGUUCUUUAGGAUUUUAUUUAGAGAUUGAAUGAUUAAAAAUCUUUUUCAAGUAUAAUCUUUACAAAUACAAUAAAGAAAAAUGGGUGUUAAGCUUUUGAGUUUGAAAUAGCAAAUAAUAAUGAAGAUAGUUAAUUUUAUAGUCAAGUGAUUUGUAAAAAUCUUGAUAGUUUAGUAUCAGGAUUAACAAUUUAAUUAGUUGCGAUUUAAUAAAAUUUUUAAUAAUUUUAUUCAAUGCAUAAACAGAAUGAUAAGAGAUUUAAAUCUUAUUUAUCAAAUAUGGAAGUUAAUUCAACUUUAGAAAAUGAUAUCAUUAAUCUUCUUUACACAUCUCAUGUGUUAACUUUAUUGCAUGAUUUUGUGGUUGAUGAAUCUUAAUAUGAAAUAUCUUUAAAUUAUUUAGUACAUACUAUAAUAUUCAUAUUUGGGAUCAUACUUUAUCUUAUUUUAAUAAUUAUAAGCAACAAAAAUAUAAGGGUGUACUUACAUAAAGAAUUGAUUAGAACUAAAUAAUUAUUUUUAUUAAUACCUUUAGAAAUAUUGUGUGAGAAUGCAAAUAUCUUGUAACAAUUAAUUAGGAGAAAUUAAAAAUGA